AUGUCGUCGCUAACAUUCCAAAAUAUUAUAAUAUCCACCUUCAUAUUAUAUCUCCUCGUCUUCACCGUCGCCACCAAGGCACACGAAGAUGAGGAGCUAAUGAAACAAGAGUUUCUCGACGCGCACAACAAAAUCAGGGAACACAUGGGCGAGCCACCUUUGAAUUGGGACGAGGAGUUAGCUAAGUGUGCACAAAAUUGGGCCAACGGUCUCUCGGGGGACUGCAACAUGAUACAUUCUUAUGGACCCUACGGAGAGAACUUGUUCUGGGGAGGGUAUGACCAUUGGACACCUACAGAAGUGGUGCAGUCAUGGGCCAGUGAGUCGCAGUAUUUUGAUGAUAAAGGAAAUACAUGCAGCGAAGGCCAAAUGUGCGGACAUUACACGCAGGUCAUAUGGAGAAAAACUUGUAGGAUUGGCUGUGCACGUCAGAAGUGCAACAAUGGAGGUUUGAUUGUCGUCUGCAACUAUGAUCCACCUGGCAAUUAUGAACAUGAAAAUCCAUUAUAUGAAACAAAUUAA